CCCUCCCCCGGCGGGCGGGGCGCUGCCGUGUGUGCGGCGCUCCGGGAAGCCCCGAGCGGAGCCGGGCAGGAGCAUGGCGGGCUGGGGCCGGGCGCUGCUGGCGCUGCUCGUGAUGGUGCAGCCCGCCUGGGCGACGGACCCGUAUAGAGAAGAGUGCAGGAGUAAAAUGUACCCUCCUUCAGGACCAACGUUCAAAGGGAAUAUACCUACAUACGUCAUAAAUCUUGRUUUACCUCCCAGCAAAAGGUGGGAUGACUUGAUUCGUGACAAAAAAACAGAGCUGAAGACUGUGGUCCAGAAUAUCAAAGAUAUAGCAAAUACCUUCUUCCCCAGUGGCAAAAUUGUUGACAUAGUGGAUCACAAAAUAGCGCAUCUGACUGCCACACUGCCUUAUCCUUUCAAUGAAGAACUCCAAGGGAUUGCAAAUUCAUCUGGGAUUCCUUUGGGGGAAAUUGUUAUUUUUAACGUCUUUUAUGAAAUUUUUACUGUAUGUACAUCAAUAGUGGCAGAGGAUAAAACAGGGAAAUUGUACCAUGCCAGAAACUUGGAUUUUGGACUCUUUCUAGGGUGGGAUGUUAAGAAUAAUUCCUGGACGUUAACUCGGGAACUGAAGCCUUUAGUGGUACUCUUGGACUUUCAGAGAAACAACAAAACAGUGUUCAAAUCRACAAAUUUUGCAGGAUACAUAGGCAUGGUGUCUGGAGUCAAACCGAACUUGUUCACUCUGACAAUGAAUGAGCGUUUCAGUCUUGAUGGUGGUUAUGUGGGAAUCUUCGAAUGGUUUCUUGGUAGAAGAGAUGGUAUGUGGAUGGGCUUUCUUACAAGAACAGUAUUAGAGAAUGCUACAAGUUACCAAGAUGCAAAAGACAAACUGGCAAAAACAAGACUGCUGGCUCCAGCUUACUUUAUUCUGGGUGGAAAAAAUUCUGGAGAAGGGUGUGUGAUAACUCGAUCCAGGACAGCUGCUCUGGAUAUCUGGGACCUUGAUAUCAAGAAGGGCACAUGGUACGUGUUAGAAACAAACUACGAUCGCUGGAAGCCUCCACUGGUACUGGAUAAUCGCAGAGAACCUGCAAUGAAAUGCCUGAACCAGACAACACAAGAGAACCUCUCCCUACCAGCAAUUUAUGAUGUUCUCUCCACAAAGCCUGUCCUCAAUAAGCUGACUGUGUGCACAACGCUGAUGGAGGUGUAUAAUGGUCACUCAGAGACUUACCUGCGUGAAUGCCCAGAUCCCUGUAGUCCUUGGUAGCCCUGUACCUCUCCUGUGUUGGAAGCUGCUUGUCCAAAUUGGCAGUCCUCCACGAAAAAAUGCUUCUGGAAAGAGAUUGCUCAGGCUAACUCCUUUCUUCAGAAAUCUAAUGGCUCSAUAGAAAUGGCAAGCGCUUCUAACAAUGAAGGACCCUAUCACAGCAGACUUUCUUACUUUGUAACCAGCUGUUCUGCUGACAAGAAAUGUAUCCUCAUGACUGUCUGGUGUGAUUUUAGCCAUUUCUACCAAAUGAGUUCAGCAGUUAGUUCUAGAUCUCUUCAGUCUUGGCAGUAUUCUUGGUUUGUUGUUGGUUGUGGGUUUGUUAUUUUUKGGGGGUUUUGAUUUUUCGUUUAUUUAGAUUAAAAUCCUUGUAAAGCACACAAUUUAUAAUGGCACCUUCCAAGCAUCAAAAAUAAUUGGUUAUAAGAAGACCAUCUGAGACAAUACAAUUCUGUUAUUCUUUCUAGGAGACCUUAAGAUUAAUUGCUGUUGUUCUGGUAUAAUAUGAGGAUAUGUCUGAUAUGCCCUUUUAUAAAAUAACCUAGCAAGUGUCAUGUUUAGUCAUAGAAAUAAGGUCUUAGGGAAAUCUAAAACAAGAUCUGAGCCAAGAAUGUGCUGGCACUGAUGUAUAGCUCUUUUGCUGAAGCUCUUUCUGGCCUGUUCACAAAUGUGGUUUUUUAAUACAGCUUUUUCUGUUU